GCUCUUGUAAGCGCUGCCGUGUCCAUCUCCAACUGCACUUCCAUCGAGCCGUCGACGCCCAAGUGCACAUAGGACUCGAUGGGGGCCAAGAUCGACAGCCGUGCCAUGGCCACGGUUUUCAUGUACGUCAGCCCCGGCGGCUCAGCCGUGGCCGACCAAACUUGGCCGCCUCACGUGGCAGCACCAAACUUCCCACAUCGGCUGCUUCUCAGUUCGAGUGGGCGAGCGAGCAAUCCCUCCUGACCAUCGUGCUCGAUCAUGGAGGCCAUUUCGACGUUGCGUGUGGCUGGCAGCGCCAUUCAGGUGGUCGAAUUCGGCGCCCGCACUCUCUCGAUCUUCAAGGAGCUCAGCAGGUCAGAGGAUGGCACCAUUGACGAGUUCCGGGACAAGCUAUUCGACGCUCAACAUCUGAGGCAGUUGGCACGCAGCCUGGUCGUGGCUUUGCACAAGGAGAGCUCCCUUCGAGCACUCACCGACCUCGAGCAGUCCAUCCUCUCGCUAUGUACCGAAACAAACAGGGUUGCCGAACAGCUGGUCAAGUUGUUAAAAGAAUUGGGCCUCGAUGGAAAAAAGAAAACUGCUGUGUCGGCGGUUCGCGCAGCUCUCUCUACGCUGUGGCGACGCGACGAUGUCGAAGCCCUUGAGCAACAGCUCGUGAACAAGAGAGACUCGCUUACAAACGCCAUAUUGGCAAGCAUUUUGGAAGACUUGCACAGCGGCGCCAGACAUGGCGUCGUCUCACCGCUGCCUUGGAACGAGACUCAGACGCUCCAGGGCUGGGCGGACCAGCAAAACGAAAACCUCAAGACAAUGGAGCGCAAUCUUUCUCAAGCCGUGGAGCAGAGCACCUGGCGUGCCAUCAAGGGCCUCGAGGACCGCACCUGGACUGGGAUUCAGCCAUGGGCCGAGGCUCCAGUUGUGCAGACGCUGCAGUCUACCCUCCUGGAGCGGCUGCAGUAUCCGGAGAGGCUGGCCCGCGAGGCUCGCAUUCCGGAGGCAUUCAACAGCACAUUUGAUUGGAUAUACUCAGACCCCGAGGACUGUGAAGCAGCGGAGCGGCCGUGGAGCAGCUUCAAGCAGUGGCUCGAGUCUGGCGAUAGUGUCUACUGGAUCACUGGGAAACCUGGAUCCGGGAAGUCAACGCUUAUGAAGAUGCUAUAUCACGAGCCUCGCACCGCAGAGCUCCUUAAGGCGUGGGCAGGCUCCUGCGGCGGCCUCGUCAUCGCUGGCUUUUACUUUUGGCAUGCAGGUACGGAGUUGCAGACGUCUCACGAAGGGCUCUUCAGAUCUCUUCUACACCAGGCUUUGUCACAGCGUUUGGCCAUGAGCGUCACGUCUGUCGUGUCUAACAAGUGGAGCGCCUUCAGUCUUGCUGCCCCAGGUGUGAGAGAUUCUCCGCUUCCAUGGGAGCAACUCGUGCAGGGGUUGCGUCUUCUCGUCGAGGAAGAAGCCGAGUCACAUGUUAGAUACGCGUUUUUCAUCGACGGGCUGGACGAAUAUGUCGGCAACUCGUCCAGGUUGAUCUCCCUGAUCCGGAACCUAUCUUCAUACCCUAAUGUGAAGAUCUGCGUUUCGAGCAGGCCGUGGAACGUGUUCGAAGAUGAGUUCAGGCAGGCGCCCAACUUAAUGCUCCAGCACAGGACGCAUGACGAUAUCGCACUGUAUGCGGAGCAGAAUCUGACGACCAAUACUGCUUUUCAAGAGCUGCAAGAGUACAAUCCGGACUAUGCCUCAAACCUUAUUCAAAACAUCACGGAGAAAGCCUCUGGGGUUUUUCUCUGGGUUGUGCUUGUCGUGCGGUCCCUCAUCGAUGGGCUCGAGCAGGGGGACAGGCCGUCGGAACUGCAGGAGAGGCUCGAUGGGCUCCCAGCGGAGCUGGACGACCUCUUCACGAAGAUGCUACAUGGACUUGAAGGGCGCCAUUUCCGAGAUGCGGCACACCUAUUCCGCAUGGUCAAAGCGUCAGAGCGGAAGCCGUCGGUUCUCACCAUGUCGUUUGCUGACAGUGACGAUGCUGACUGGGCAUUGAACCGCCCGGUGGCUCCCAUCGAUUCAAAGGAGGUAUGGUAUCGAGCUGUCACGAUGAAGCGGCGGUUAGUGAGCAGAUGCAAAGGACUACUUGAAGUCGGCCCGCUUUCCGAAACCCCGUCCUCUCAUGACCAAGAGAGCGAGCAAAAGACCGAGGAACAUGCCAGCCCUGGCAAGGCUUGUGAUGAACUGCAGCCGGAUUUGGCUGGACGCCCCGCCAGGGCUGUUAUGGAAAUCCCGCUGGAGAACGGCCCGAUGCUCGCUGCAGCUGAGAUAGACUAUCUGCAUCGCACUGUCGAGGACUUUCUCUCUAUCCCGCGGAUUUGGACUUUGAUCAUGGAGGCUUGUGACAACAGCUUCGACCCGCACGCAGCUCUAUUCAAGGCGCAUUUGGCUCACUUGAAGAACCUCACGCCUACAGGGCUGUCCGCAGUCACGUUUGUCCCGGCCAUCUCGAGAUGCAUUGAACCAUUACUUCACCUCGCUGAUCACGACGUGACGCUUCACGUCUGUUAUUUGAGCGUCUUGGACCGCACGGCUGCCACCCUCGCCAGCAACCUGGAUGACAAGGGAUCCUGUCUCAUCCAGCAGUACUGGGCUUCGGCUGACCAUCACUGGGCUAGCAUCCUAUACAAGGGCAAGUUGACGGAUGACUUUUUGGUGUUUGCUGUGCGGUGUGGUCUCAUAGAGUAUGUGCGAGCACAUUUCGAAAGCUCGCCGCCGUCCAAGCAGCUUGUUCGCGAGCUGCACGAAACCGCCGGUUCGAGGAGCAUCCCAAGGUUCUACUCCAGCCGAGAUAAUACAGAGAGGAUGCACGCGAUGAUCAAGCUCCUCGCCUCGGUGGGCGGGCGUCUCAAAGAGGACGACGGGAGCGACUCGGACCGUGCCAGCUCGCGAGCGUCCAUCACCGGCAUGUUGGAUGGAGUGGCUGGAUCGUUGGCCCCCCAUUCGAAAGUCUUGGGCCUUAAAUCGCGGACGUCUACUAUCAUGGCAGUGUCCGUGGCCACUCCCUUGGGGAACCUAAGCUGGCGCAGACGGUCGGCCAUGGAUCAGGCGCCGACUAGACGCUCUAGAUUCUCAUCACUGAAGACCAAGGCGAAAGCCUAUCUCACGCACGAAGAGGAUGAUAGGGAGCUCUUGCCCGAGCGUGCGUCGUAGGCGCCAUAGGAAGUGCUGGCUUGCGCACAACUAUCCGGCGACGACCCGCGUCGCCGCUGGUGACUCUCGAUGCUUCCACAUUUCGUCUAGUUUGUCUACGAAAGAUACCUACGAAGGAUUACAAGGCAUGGCUCCGAAUCACAAACGAGCCUUUCACAUAGGUAACGAGAGUAAAUUGCCUCGCGACAUAUACUUCAUCGAAGACGACAGAGAAAUCGCGUAUAGCCAUUGACUCUGUGACAGCCAGUCUUUAGACGGCCAAGAAACGCGCCUCGGUCCCGCUGCAUCAUGAAUGGCCUUUUGUACAUUUUCUUCAUCCCUCGUAACCCGUUCGCCAGCAACAUGCAUGCAUCCUGGGCGCCAGCCGCCAGCCUCCCUUCCCCCCAAUGUCCCCAAUCCCAUACCUCCAUCCGGAGCAACAGCAUUCGGAGCUGAGAAGAAGGUCAUUUUUGUAUGAAUACCAAUGCAAUGCCCAAAUGUGUCGCAAAAUCAGAUCCGCCGAUCCGGCCGAAAACCUGGUCAAACGCCGCC